AUGGUUACCUCACCAUUGGAUGAGUUUUAUUUGUCCGCAAAGAAUGUGGAAUUGACAGCAUUUACCGGCGACAAUCCGGUGGCGUGGAUCACUCGUGCUGAGACAUACUUUGAAGUACAACGAAUCUCUCAGGAUGUUCGUAUUCAGUUGACAAAGUUAAGUAUGGAAGGCCCUACUAUCCAUUGGUUUAACCUAUGGCGUGAUUCAACAGAGGAAUUGUCACGGGAGAACCUCUGUGAAGCAAUGAUGGCGGUAUUUGGAGGAGGGCGUUUGGAGAACCCCUUCGAAGAACUCAAGGAUUUGAAGCAAUCUGAGACAGUGGAGGAUUACAUCGCCGAAUUUGAAUUUUGUUCAUCUCAGUGUGGAAGGUUACCAGAACAACAAUUUCUGGGCUAUUUUAUUGGUGGUUUACAUCAUGACAUCCGUUCUCGGGUAAGAACAUUCAAGCUGCACAACUGGUAUGUGGCGAUGCAAUUGGCACGUGAUGUGGAACGUGAAUUUGCUGAAAAUUCAGGUCAUGGAUCUGGUUCACGUGACAAUUUGCACCGUCAUUCUUGUGGUGUCCGCCAUCUACCAAGUGUAGAGGUUAAUGAGCGUCGUGCGACAGGACUCUGUUUUCGUUGCAACGAACUAUGGGAUCGUCUCCAUCAAUGUGCAACAAAACAGUUACAAUUGAUUAUCUUGGGGGAUGAUGAAAUUGUCAACGAUGAAGGAGAGAUUGUCGUGUUAGAGGCUGAGUCGAAAGAAGAGCUCGCACAAGAGGAAUUAGAAUGUAAAACUAUGGGACUGUUUGGUGUAUCCACUAAUCUAAACCAAGUACGGGCGAUGAAAUUGGAGGGAUGUUUACAAGGUGCAUCUAUUCUGGUUCUUAUUGACAGUGGAGCCACACAUAAUUUCAUAUCCCCUAAGGUGGUGGAAACCCUCGGAUUUCCUAUGGUGCCUUCUAAUCCCUUGGGUGUUAAGUUAGGAGAUGGUCAUCGUGUCCUAACUAGGGGUAGAUGCAAUGGAAUUCAACUGAACGUCGGAGCGGUGCAGAUUUGUUUUGAUGCUUAUGUACUGGAGUUAGGAGGUGUGUAUUUGAUUUUGGGAGUUGUGUGGCUGGAAACUUUGGGGAAGGUGACCAUGGAUUGGAAAGAAAUGUCUAUGGUGUUCAACCAUAAGGGCAGUAUGGUGAAAUUACUUGGUCAAGCUGUAGAUGAUAUGAUGGCUACAUUACAAAGCAUUAUCACUCCUUCUCGAAUGAUAGCAGGCUGUGAAUGGCCUACCUUGAUGGAGGUGCUAGGAUCACCGGUGUCACGUGUCUCUGAUCACCAGACUAAGGAGUUGGAAGGAUUGUUUGAUCGUUUUGUUAUUGUGUUUAAAGAAAUUCAGGGUCUUCCUCCGCCAAGAAACACUAGCCAUUCAAUUGAACUUUUACAUGGUGCUGGUCCGGUAAGUGUGCGGCCUUAUAGAUAUCCUUAUUUACACAAGGAUGAAAUUGAAAAACAAAUUUAG